AUGAGCUUGGAAAAGCCACCAUCAGCUGCUAUGAGCCUGCCCAGCAGCCGUACCAGAAUGGCACAUGUGGGAUUGCGGAAGGAAAAUAAAUGUAUCGAUGUAGAUUGGACAUUGGGAACCAUACUGGCUGUGUUUAGAACUUUAAUCGAUGGAUUGUUUUUGUGGAACAUAUUAAGGGAGCGUAGGGCAGUUCAAGUUGGAGAUUUAAUUGAUCCUCCUAGAAAAAUAUCUCUUAGUUACUUGAAGACUUUAGUGUCCGUAGACUAUUUUGCUGUAUUGCCUCUACCUCAGAUAUUGGUAUGGGCUAUCCUUCCAAGUUACUCAUAUUCAUCUGGAAAAAUCUUUCUUAAGAGUACUCUGCAACAAGCAAUCAAUAUUCAAUUUAUUCUUCGAUUAUUCAGAUUUUUGCAUCUCCUCAAUGGCCAGUCAACAGCUAAAAUAGUAUUCAAAUCUGUAUGGGCAAAUUCAAUUAUUAAUUUACUCUGGUUUGUGAUAUUUGGCCAUGUCGCGGGUUCAAGUUGGUUCUUCUUUGGACUAAAGAGGGUGAAUGGAUGUUUGAUAGAUGCAUGCAAUGAUACCAAUUCACCUAUAUGUGUGAAAUUGCUUGAUUGUAGUUAUGAAAGGAAGAAUGUAUCAUCUGCAUGGAUCAAUGAUAAGAAUGCAAUCGACUGUUUAACGUCAACAUCAUCCUUUUCUUAUGGAAUCUUUGAAAAGGUUCUGCCUCUUUCCAUGGAAACUAAUAUAUUCCACAAGUAUGUGUAUGCGCUAUCUUGGGGAUUUCAGCAAGUGAGUACUCUUGCGGGUAAUCAAACCCCAACUUAUUUGUUAGGGGAAGUCCUUUUUUCAAUGACCAUCAAUGGAGUCGGAAUUUUACUUUUAGCCUAUUUUAUAGGUAACGUACAAGCCUCUUUUCAGGGACUUAGCCGAAGAAAGCUUGAGAUGCAACUUAGGCGCGAUGAGCUUGAGUUUUAUAUGAAGCGUCGUGGCUUGCCAAUAGAUAUAAAAAGGAGAGUAAAAGAAUUCGAAGAAUAUCUCUGGGAAACCACUAGAGGAGUGUAUGAUGAUAUUGUUCUACAGAGUUUGCCCGAUGAUAUUGCGAGGGACAUACGACACCAUCUUUUCAAAUUUAAAGAGGAAGUACCGCCAUUUUCCACAAUAGAUCAGAAUGAUCCUAUCUUAGAUGUCAUUCGAAAGUGGCUAAAACAUAAGAUAUACCUCAAAGGAACUAUAAUUUUGGCCGAGGAAGCUCAAAUAGAGAAAAUGGUGUUUAUUAUGAAUGGAGAAUUGGAGUGCACUAGAACAGAUAAAAUUUUGACUCCAUUAUGCAAAGGAGAUGUGUGUGGGGACGAACUAUUAGGAUGGUAUCUGAAAAAUUCUUUUAAUGAAAAAGGUGAAAAAGUAAAGUGUCCAGAGCAAGUACAAAAGGUUGUUAGUACGAGAACAGUAAAAUGCAAAACUCACGUUGAGGCAUUUUACAUCGAAGCUAACAGCAUUGAAGAAGUUAUAAAUUUAUUCCCAAGAUGUUCCGGAAACCCUCGUGUUUAA